GUCGCAACGGGGCCACCCGCGCGGUUGGCGAUCCUAGCGCACCCCUUGUCGGCGUUUGGCGGCCAAGCGUUUAUGGUCCAGCCCACGCUGCAGCUGCUCGACGCGGGCGGGAACAUCCUUUCGACCGAGCCCAAGAUGCUUGUGACCGCUUCGAUUUACGCCAACCCGUCCGGCGGCCGCUUGUACCCGGCGAUUGAGACCAAUGCGAGUGUCGAUCGCGGGGUCGCAAGCUUCAAGAACCUGCGCAUCGACGCUGCCGGUCCUGGCUACGUGCUGCGUUUUGCCGUGAUUUCCCACAAUUUCACGUACGACACGUACAAUGAAACCGGUCUUUUCGUCCUUGGACCGUCCUUUCCCGUGUACAUCGGCGCACUCUUCUCGCUGCAGGUCGUGCAGUCGCCCACCAUCUAUGCGCUCGCGGAUGGGCAGCCGUUUACAGAGCAGCCAGUCAUUGCCCUCAAGGACCGCGGCAACAACACGCUUACCAGUGAAAAUGCCGCGCUUGUAUCCGUCUCGAUGGUCCCCAGCCUCGCCGUGUACAGCACGCUCGUGGUCUCGACAGCGAAUUGCCCGGUGGCCGCCAUCACGGACGUGGGGCUUUUGCCGUCACCAUUUUCAGCACCGCAUGGCGUCGGUACGGUGCUCCUUCUCAACGUCACCUUUUCCCAGCAGGUCCAAGCCAGAGGCAAUAUUGUCUUGCAGCUCAACAGUGGACUCGGCGCCGUCGCAACGUGCGACACGCUCCUCACGUGGUCGACCACGCUUACGUUCCGGUAUGUCAUUGCAGUCGGCGACACCAGCGCCGCACUCAACUACGCGUCCACCUCCGCGCUGGUGGUAAGUCCCGGCGCGACGCUGCAAGACCGCAUUGGCGUCUCACCGACGCUCACUCUGCCCGCAGCGGGAUUGCACCCGGUCGUAUCGGUUGACACAACCGCUCCGGUGAUCGUCUCGGUCGGGUGCGCGCCGCCGACCGUGGCCGGUACGUACGGUCCAGGGCAGACGCUCCAGCUGCUCGUGACUUUUUCGUCGCCCGUCGCCGUCCACGGCACCCAGGUGCCCUACCUGACUCUCAACACGGGUGGGACGGCUGGCUUUGUGAGCGGCAACAACACGGCGGGCUUGGUGUUUGAGUAUACUGUGGGCCUCGCCGACAGCACGGCGGCACUGGACGUGACGAUGUCGCUCAGCGCAAACGGGGCGAUUGUGCGGCGCGCGGGCACGGUCCUCACGCAAGAUGCCACUUUACUUUUCCCAAAUGCAGCAGCGAUGCGGCUUCCUAUGCAGUGUGCCCUUGCUCUCUCGUCGGCUGCCCCGAUCGUCGACCCGACCGUCGGUGUCACGUCCACGACAGCCAACGGCGUCUACGCAGCCGGGGACCCCAUUGUACUCCAAGUGACCUUUACAGCGCCCGUCGACGUCUCGGGAAUCCCCCUUCUCUUGCUCAACACGAUGCGGUAUGCGUCGUACGUCUCGGGAAGCGGCUCGACCGUUCUCUCGUUCAAGUACAUUGUUCAGCCAGAGGAUAAUGUCCCGACGCUCGACUAUGCGUCGUCUACGGCACUCGUGCGCAACGGCGGCGAUCUCGUUCGGCACGUGACCGCCGGCACAGCGCUGCUUGCGUGCAACGUAGACCUCUCGGCGGCGACAGGCAACGGCCGGAACUUAGGUGCCACAGCGAGUUUGACCCUCCACGGUGUCGCGCCCGUCGUCACGACCGUUGCGUGGCCGGCGACACCGUCUACGUACGUCCGUGGUGCCACGAUUGCGCUUUCCAUUACUUUUUCAUUCCCCGUCGUCGUCGCCGAUGGUACUCCGUCGAUUGCCCUCAGCAACGGAGGCACUGCCACGUAUGCGUCUGGCUCUGGCACGUCGACACUCGUCUUUGCGUACACGGUGGCGCUGGGCGACGCGACGCCGGCGCUGAGCUACGUGCCGUGGGCCGUCAUUGCGCUGCACGGGGCUACGAUUCGACAACGGUCGUCGUCGCCCAUGCUCGCCGCCCAGUUGUCGCUGCCCUGGCCGGCGUCGAUUACGAACGGACCCAUUGCACUGGACCCGGCACUCGGUCACGUGACAAGCGUCGUGUCCAUCUCGGCCGACCAAAUCGCGGGCGAGUACGGCGAGAACCACGUUUUUGCGAUCUCUGUGGUGUUCUCAGACAGUGUCUUUGUCACGGGAAGCAUGCAGUUGGCGCUCAACACCCGCAGCGUGACGUACGCGACGGGGUCGGGGACCUCGACCUUGGUGUUCCUCUACACGGUACAGCCGCCGGAUGCGACCGCGAGCCUCGGUAUUGGCUCGGUGUCGCCACUGUCGUGCACGGCCGGUGGACCUUGCAGCCUUCUGAACGCCAACAACGUCGCUGUCAACAGGGACUGCACGGGCUUGAGUUUGCAGCCCGCCAACAUUGCGAUCAGUACCGCCGCACCAGUUGUGGUCUCGGUGUCGGCGCUGACGCCGGCGCCGUUGAUCAACCGUGGAACGUUCGUCGUCGGCGACGUCGUUCAGAUCCUCGUCGUCGCAAGCAAGCCCGUGGACGUUCAGACGUCACCGACGGCGCUGCCGCACGGCGUUCCGACGUUGCUUCUCAAUACCGGCCGUGCCGCCUAUUUCGCAGGGUACAACACUGGAGACCGCACGCAACUGCUGUUUGAGUAUACUGUGAUGGCGGGCGACAUGACACCCGCCUUGCGAUACACGAGUACGUCGGCCUUGACGCUCAACUACAACCGAGGCAGCAUCCUCCGGUUGGCGACGACGCCGACGACACCGAUGAACCUGGCACUGCCACCCGUGGCCAACCUCGGUCUCAACCUCGUGGUCGACACGUCUCGGACGCCACUUGUGACGGACGUUGCUGCGGUGACACCCAACGGGGCGUACUAUGUCGGUGACGUCAUACAGAUUCAGGUGACGUUUACCGAGACGGUCGCCGUGACGGGCAUCCCCGUGUUGCUCUUGGACCUCGGUCGCUACGACCGUCGCGCCAUCUACGUCUCGGGUACCGCGGCAACGGUUCCUACGGUCCCGGCCAACUGCUUACUGCCGCUGCCCGGUGCUGCGGGCUCGUUGAGUGCGAAUAGCAACGCUCAGAUCCGCGGGACGACGCCGUACAUUACCGACAUAUCUUUUCUGUCGCCCAAUGCCACGUACGUCGUCGGGAGCGCCGUAGACGUGCAAGUUACGUUCAGCGCCGCCGUCACGACGUCUGGGUCGCCGUUCUUGCGCAUGGCGUCGGGGCCCUCGCAGCGUCAAGCGUUCCUUGUGGCGCCGGCCGGCGCCAGCCCGACGCUUGUCUUCCGAUACACAGUGCAAACAGGUGAUCGCAGUGACGCUCUCGACUAUGCCGACACGCAAGCGCUGCAGCUCAACGGGGGUAGUAUCCUCACGGCGCCGACGCUACCGGCGUCCGUUGCAACGCAGCCCGUAAAUGUGCAUCUCAAUCCACCGGGCGGCACCCUCUUUGGCGGUCGCGUCUUCCAGGCGGUCGCUGGCAUCGCCUCGUUUCUCGAGCUCGGCAUUAGCACCAUUGGCCGAAGCUACCAGCUCUUCUUUGCGUCCAGCACGGGGGUUGUCACGAAGACGAUGAUUGAGGUGUCGUACUCGGCGGUCUACGAAGUGCGCAAUGCUCCGCUGAGUGUACUGAAUCGGGACGACCGCACCGGCGCCAGCGUCGCGGUCACCAGUAGCGUUGCUGUUGUCGGUUCACCCGGCGCCAAGGUCGCCGAAUACAACGUUCAAGUCGUCACCGCCACCGGCAGUGCGACCGCGUUCGUCAACGAAGUCCAGUACGUUAUGACGUCCUGCACUCACCGCGAUGCAGUCCAGGUGUUGACGACAAGCGCGGCGCCUGGCGAGACUGUCGGCGGGUAUUUUUCACUGUUGCUGGGUGCCGUGGGGCCGUCGCGCCGCAUCGCAAGUGACUAUGACGCGACGCAGCUCAAGGUCGCCCUCGAGCUCGACUUUGGAUACCCCCUCGGGUCGAUUGACGUCACACGGUCGCCCAAUACGUUUUGCGGCUGCUGGAAUGCGUUUGCGUGGACGAUAACCUUUCGCGUACCGGGCGACAUCCCGACGCUAUUCGCACGCAACUUUCUCUCGGGCGCCGGCGCCACGGUCGGCGACGGGCGCGGAGGUGCUUUGGCCACCGUUCUCGUGCCACCAGCGGUCGUGUCGGGCUCGUUCGCCCUCCGCUACGGCAGUUUAGUGACACAAAACUUGGCUGUCGACAUUGACGCACCAACGCUGGCCACGCGACUGUUUGCGGAUCUGAAUCUGCCCAUUCUCAGUGUCGCCCGGUCGGCGCCCACGCCACAAUCUGGUUAUACGUGGAGCAUCACAUUUGAUGCGACGGCGUCGCUCUUCAACCCUAACCCACUCCAACCUGCACCGGUGCUUCUGGCCGGCAACCAAGCUCUUCUUGCCGUGCGCACCGUGCGUGAAGGUUAUGCACCGCUCUCAGGCAGCUUCCAGCUAAGCCUCGGCGGGUACGCGACACCCAACAUUGCAGUCACGGCGUCGACAGCUGCGAUGGAGACGGCGCUCUUGACGCUGCCGGUGGUCUCGGCCGUCAGCGUUGCGCGAUCCGGGCCAAACGCAUUCGGUGGCUAUGCGUGGACCAUCACGUUUCUAAAGGUCAACCUCAUGACGACGUACGGGCUCGUGCUCAACAGCCUCGGUACGCUGCCGCCUUUGGUGCCCACGACGCAACUCAACGGGUCACCGCUCCUCGUGGGCUCCAGCGCAACCAUCCUUGUCGAAUAUGCCGGCGUCAACCCGUCGGCGAGCUCUGCUGUCGCGUACGGCAAUGUCCCAGGGCAAAAUGCGGGCUCUGCCACCGUUUUCGUGCCCAAGAACCAGCACUGGGUCGCGACGAGCGUCUUGGUCGGCGACGACACGCAGCUGGGCGACCAGUUUGGGGCGAGCGUCGCCGUCAACAUGGCUGGCACCCACAUCGUCAUUGGCGCGCCGUAUGCAGUGGAUCGAGGCCGCAAAGAGGUGCAGACACUGGUGUGCACGGCCGACGGUGGGGCCUUUACCCUAUCGUUCUUGGGGAUACCGUCCGCGCCCAUCUCGUUUGCCACACCAGCAGCGACGCUCCAAGCAACGCUGGCCGCGCUUCUCAACGUACCCGAAUCCCUUCUUAGUGUGGCCCCGUACACGACACUGUGCAAUGGCGCUGGCGUUGCUAUCACCUUCUCAACGCCCGACUUAAGUGACGCGAGUGGCAAUGUACCCAACCUGGUCGCAGACGGUACCCAGCUGACCAACGGCGGAGGGCCGGGGACGGUGACCGUGCUCGAGACCAUCGUGGGCUCUUUCCGACUUGACGGCGCCAGAGCAAAAGGCGUGACGUGUGGCGGCGCCUACUUCUUUGCUUUGGGCCCCACGGGUGCGUGGACCCAAACAGCCAAAUUCACACCAUCAAGCGCAUCGGGUGCAAGUGCGAGCGAGCUGGGGGCAAGUGCCAGCAUCGAAACAACGCUGGCGGUCGUGGGCGCGCCGGGCGCCAGCAGCUCGAUCGGCGAAGUCUACAUCUACGAGUACGACGGCGUCGCGUGGAACCAGAUUCAAAUUCUCACGAGUGCGCCGUAUGCUGGUGCGAAAGGCGACCGGUUUGGGGAUUCCGUCGCGGUUUCCGGCUCGAAGAUUGUUGUCGGCGCACCUGGCUACGAUGGAGGCCUCGGCGCGGUCUUUAUCUAUGUCCGAGUCAACGGCGUGUUCGUCGUUCACCAACAAAUUCAAGCGGCCGACUUGCAACUUGGCGAUCGCUUUGGGAGCGCACUGGACCUCGACAUGGCCACGUCGACGCUUGCCGUGGGCAGCGAGACGCAGACGAGCGCGAUGGGUGCCGUCUACGUCUACACGCUACCGGACGUGUACUUUACGCUGCAGCAAAAAGUGUCGGCGUCGAACGCGCGCGCCAACGAUGGGUUUGGCCACAGUGUUGCCGUCGCGCAGAACGUUCUUCUAGUCGGCGCCAACGCCAAGUAUGGCUCCAGCAUACCGCGCACGGUGCGCAAGGCCGUCCAAACCAUUACAACGUCGGCGGCGACUCCGAUUCAGGCCGGCAGCACCUUUCGUGUCGGGUACCACCAGUACCGCCGAGGCCACGCCACCGACUACGCACGUGUCGCUAGAUACUCACCACCGAUUCCAUUUGACGUGAGCGCCGUCGCGCUUCAAACAGCGCUGGAGGCGUCGCUACAGACGGGUGCGCUGGUCGUUCAACGGCUCGGACCUGAUGCAAACGGCGGGUGUACGUGGUACAUAACGUUCGCGGGCGCCACGGGCAACGUGCACAAGCUUCGCGUCGACGGGUCCAAGCUCGUGGGCAAUGACGUUCGUAUCGCGGCGUCAGUUUUGGUGGCUGUCCCACCCAUUGUGCGCAGUGACGUCUACGUCUUUGCACGGUCGGGCGCCUCGUGGACAGAGCAAGCGACGCUGCGUCCGACCCACAAGCAGUUUUUCAGCUUUUUUGGUGACGCGGUGGCCAUGGCAAGGACAGGCGUCAACGCGAUCGUUGGCGCGCCGAACGCCGACACGCGCUUCUCCCAUGUCAACAGCGGCGCAGGCUACAUCUUUGACAUGGGGUUCCUCGACUUUGCUCUUUCAUCGCCGUCGUACAGCGUCCUCGAAGGCGCGUCAGUGUCGGUGCCGAUCCAGCGCUGCGGACCGGCUGGCCUCGCGUGCAAGCUGACAACGACCACCACGGCGCGAUACAUCAACGUGGACACGGGCGACGCGGUCUCAGAUCUGGCAGGCACCAACGCAGUGCCGUCGAGAAAGCGCAAGUACAUCGGACCGUUCCAGCAGCUCGCCAUGCUCGACGUGACAGCCACGACGCCAGGCGCAGCGUACUAUCCGAAUGUGAUUGGCCCCGAGCCGUACCCGCAGGUGCCGUCCGGACGCUACCUGCGGCGUUCGUGGGUUGGCACCGCCAACAGCCGCGCCCAGUUCUACGGCAGCCCCGAGACGCGGUCGCGCUGGGUCGACGCGCAGUUUGACUACCAGGGGCUUUCGGACUACACGCCGACGAAUGCCGCGCUGCUGUUUCCAGAAAACAACGUGUCGGCAUCCAUUGUCGUCCAGACGAAUGACGAUAUGGUCUUUGAGUUGCCCGACGAGACCAUCAACGUGCGUCUGAGCGUGCCCGGCAUGUGGCCCAGCUACCCGAGCCAAUUUUGGUCGCAGAUCACAAUCCUCGACAACGGAGACGGCGGCUUUGGCACCACCUCGUACACAGCCAUGUUGUCGGGCAGUGCGCCGUCGCGGCUCGGGGCCGCCAUCGCGCUCCUCGAAAGCGGCAAUUUGGCAGCGCUCGGCGCACCGUCGCAAGUGGAUCCAACAAGCCAAACGGUGUGCGGGGCCGUCCUUGUCUACCGCGCGACGAGCGGCAUCUGGGCACUCGAAACAACGUUGCGACCGCCGACGUGCAGCGAGGGACUGGCCUUUGGCACGUCGUUGGCGAUCGAUGCCGCGUAUGGCACGACCCGCCUCGUCGUGGGCGCGCCGAGUGGCCCGUCGCCGGCUGCGUUUGUCUAUACGCGCAACGCUGUGCUCGGCACGUGGUCGCUCGAGACGCAGCUUCGCGAGCCUACGGCGGUCUCGGGGAACGCCAAGUAUGCGGCCGCCAACGCUGUAGCGAUCCACGGUUAUCACAUUGUCGUGGGGGCCGCCGGUCUCGAAUGCGCGUUCCUGUACACCUUCACGGCCACUCUGUGGCAGCCGGCCAUCGUGUUGCGCGCCUCCGACUACGCCAGCGACGUUGUGUAUCUGCAGAAUGUGGUCCAUGAAUUCGGGCUUGGCACGUCGGUGGCGCUCGCACCGCGGACGCUUGUCGUUGGCGCGCCUUUGGCCAAAUACGGUCCAACGCGGAUCGACGACACGGCCUACCUGGGCACCGGCGCUGUAUACGUCUACUACCUUCCAGCGCAAGUGCAGCAAGUCACGCUGCGCGCUGAUAUGCCGUUGAAUGCCGGCCAUUUUGUCUUGUCCAUCGGUGGUGCGUCGACGGUGCUCCUCAGCUACGAAAUUACCGCUCUCGACUUGACGAUCGCGCUCGAGCAACUACUGCCAAAAGUGCAAGUUGUGCGGACGGGCAGCAUCGUCAAGGGCUUUACGUGGACUGUGACCAUUCUGUCAGAAGUCACGACCGUACCCACCUUUCUCGCGGCGUGGCAUGGGCACGGGUGUCUUUUGUGUGCAGCACUCAACAGCGGGUAUGCUGCCAACCCCGCCGGCCAGAUCUCUGUUGCCAACAUUGCGCCACUCGGGACAUGGACCUUCCACCAGCAGCUCACGGCCGCCGACGGCAAUCAUGCCGACCGGUUUGGGUCUGACGUCGACAUUGAUGGCGACUCGAUCAUUGUUGGCGCCUUCGGCUCGUCGGCACUCGUUACGACGACUUGGAAUUUCGAGACGGGGGAUCUCACAGGCUGGGUGCAGACGGGUACUGCGUUUCUACAGCAGCCGACGUUUGGCGAAAACGUCCGCGCUCGCUCCCCCGGGCCCUCGAGUCGGGUGCAGCGCCAAGGUCUCGGCGUCAUUGGUUUUGAAGGUCGGUACUGGGUUGGCACGUACGAAGCGCGUCCAGGCGCUGGACAGAGCCAGAACCCGACACCUUUCUCGUGUGGCUUCUUGAACGGUGACUGCACUGCGAGCCAAAACGCGGUACCGGGCGCCGCCAUCGCAGGCACGGCACAAGGCGACGGUCCCCAAGGCACCCUUACGUCACAGCCGUUCUCGGUUCGCGGUAGUCGAAUCCGGUUUCGCAUUGGCGGGGGCUGUACCCUCCGAACCAUUUACGUCGAGCUACUCAUUGACGGCGUCUCGGUGCAAAAGAACACAGGACGCUGCUCGGAGCGUUUGCACUCGGUGACCUGGAACGUGGCGCCGUACAUGAACCGCACGGCGCAAAUCCGCAUCGUCGACGCCUCCGAGAGCGCUUUCUGGGGUCACAUCAACGUCGAUGCGUUCAAUUUCGACUGGCCAAUCGAGCAAGCGACCACGGAACUGGCGGGCGUCGCCUAUGUGUUUUAUCAAAGCACGUCCUCGAAUGUAUAUGGCGUCUGCAGCGGUGUCCCCAAGCUGCAGUGCGCAUGGAUGCUCCAGGCGCGGCUCGUUGCAAGUGAUAAGCGCGACCACGACAUGUUUGGUUUCAGCGUCAGCAUCGAUGACGUCAACGGCACCGCUGUCGUCGGCGCGCAAGGUCAAGCCGGUGUCAACCUCAACAACUCGAUUGUCGACGGGUCUGCGACCGGCUCUAUCUACGUGUACUCCCGUGUCCCUGCUGAGCGCGACGCCCUGGGCAAUGUGCUCUUACCACCACGUUGGCCAGGUCGGGAAACAGCCAAGCUCCAAGCGGUCAACAAAGCCGCGGGCGCCCAAUUUGGGUACGCCGUGUCGAUCACGAGCGGCCAUGUCGCCGUCGGGAGUCCCGGCGCCGCUGCCGUCAACAAUAUCGGGCUCGGAUACAUCUUCAACUCGCAGUUUCUGCAAGUAUCGGUCGCGGCCAAUGAAGUCAGCGUCAAGGAAAACGACGUCAACGGACACGCCAUCGUCAUGCUGCUGCGUGCCGGGAACUCGACGGCGCCACUCACGAUCGAGUAUGCAACGAGCGACUUGGAUGCCCUGGGCGUCGACGCGCUUCGUUUCGCACAGUGCUUGCGCAUGCUGAUACCAAGCCGAGAGCAGUGUGGCAAGUACCAGCAAACGUCUGGCGAAGUGACGUUCGCUGCCGGUGUCACCUCAAUCGCGAUUCCCGUGCCCAUCAUGAAUGACAACUGCUACACAGAAGGCGAGUCGUACGUUGCGUUCCACCUCAACCUGCCCGGCGGCGACGUUCUUCUCGGCGAGCAGUUUUCCACGCGGAUACGCAUCGACGACGAUGAUUUUGGGCAACCUCUUUGCCCAUAAUUCAGCUUUGGUUGAG